AUGUUGGACAUCAACCCACAUUUUGUGUUACAGAAAUUAACAGAUAUACUAGAGGGAAACCGCCAGCAGGCUGUCAAGGAGAUUGGCUUGCUGCAGAGAGACUACCCGGAGACUGCCAUCUCAGUGAAGACCAGACACGCCAUAAGAGCUGUGCUGAACAGUGAUAGAGAUGCCAUCCAUGCACUCAUGUCUGAGGGACUCUUAGAUGACAUAGAAGCAUCAAAGCUUGAGAAGAUGAUUGAAAUAAAAAUGAAGAAACUGACCAAAUUCCCACCAACAAUCCAAGCACCAACAGCAGAGGAACUGCUACAGAGUUUACCUUGGCUUAACCAAGACAGCAACCAGGUUCAGUUCAUGAAGAAAGUGGCAAAGCUUCUUUUUUUUGACUUUGGAGACACCAUAAUAGAAGAACAUGAUGAUCCUCAAGGCAUACACUUGAUUGUCUCUGGCAUGGUUAAGAUGACUGGAGGAAGCCCAGACCUUGGAGGCAACAGUCCCAGGGAGAAGACCAGACUGACAGACUACAGAGGUUGCGGGGAGAUCCUGGGUGUACUCAACUGUCUCACCCUGCAGCCAAUGGAGAUGACGGUCACCUGUGAGACAUCCACUCAGACCUGCUUCAUUGCCAUUGAUUCCCUGUUUGAGGCAUUUGAUGUUUUCCCUGAGUUCCCAUCCUUGGAGUAUAGUAUCUGGCGCUCUCUAGCAGUGAAAAUCAGCACCAGCAUCUUCAUAGAGCACAUUAACUAUCAGGGGUGGAGUUACCACAGGAUCUGCUGUCACCUUGCCCGGGCGUAUCUGGUGAGCGUGGAGGUGAACAGUACUGGGCACAGCAAAAACAACUAAGCUGUUGAUUGUGCCGAGUGUACAUUCUAAGCUGAAGCAAUGUGUCUCCGAGGUUUCAAGGUUAGACAGUGUUCCCUGUCUGAGACAUGCAGCACGGAGGAGAGCAGCAUCUAGACAUGAUUGUUCAGGAUUACUGAAAACAGUGGUGUCAGAGGGUCUUCAGGAAAGGAGUUGUUCAUUUGAGAAGGCCACAUGAUAAGAGUGACUGAGCAGUGCUUGACCGUACAACAA